AAGGCAGCUCAAGCAGUGCCUUGCUCUACCAAGCGCUCAGGAAGGGGCUGCUCCAAGGGGGUGUGGGCUGGGCCCACGCGAGUCGCCGGUCCUCUCGGGAAAGGCGGCGUGCUUCUGGGGCUCCGCUCCUCGGCAGCGGGUUCGAACAGGGCAGCCUGGAGCCUACUCUUGGGUUUGCGGUCGGGACUCGUUCGAGGCGGGGAGCGCAGGCAGGCUGCAGUCACACCUUCCCCCAGGUAAUGCAGCACCGGGCCAGGAGGGAGCGGUGCUCGGCUCUCCCGGCUGUGGACUCAUUGGAGAACUGGCCUUGUGGUAAACCUCAGAUGAAGGAGGUCUGUCACCAGCUCAGAAGAAAGUCUGCAGCGCCAUCAGAAGUCCUCUAAAAGUGGACCCAUUUGCCAGUGGACGGUGGCUUUUCGGCUGGCAUUUCAACUCAGGUUCAUACUUUCAGAAGUAACCCUGGUCUCUCAAGACCUUCUCAAAAUCAGGGAACAUUGGUCAUUGUAGUCCAUCAAGACCACAAAGUAGGACUACAGAUGCACCUCACCAAACGCCUUUUUUAUACUCGUGAAUGAAUGCUGCUUCAUUCUGGGAUUCCGCUGAACUUGGAUUUGUGUUCGGAGACUGCGACCUCAACCCUAUUAGUGCCUCUGAGGUUUUCACACCACUGUGGUCACCACAUAGCACUUGGGAUUUCCUGCAGUUUUUGGGAAUUGCACUAUGACUACACAGCAACAGGACCCCUCAUGGGUUCCCAAGGGACCCAUGGAGAGCAGGGUCCUCACCAGUUGCACCUUUCUGUGGGCAAACAUCAUCAAUGUGGUGGAGAAAUGCAUGAACUCCAUGCAGACCGGGACCCAGAUGGUGAAGCUCCGUGGGGGCUCCAAGGGCCUUGUCCGCUUCUUCUAUCUGGAUGAACACAAGUCCUGCAUUCGCUGGCGGCCCUCCAGGAAGAAUGAGAAGGCCAAGAUCUCCAUUGACUCCAUCCGUGAGGUGUGCGAGGGCAAGCAGUCGGAGAUCUUCCAGCGCUAUGCCGACGGCAGCUUCGAUCCCAACUGCUGCUUCAGCAUCUACUAUGGCGAGCACAUGGAGUCGCUGGACCUGGUCUCUAGCAGUGGGGAAGAGGCCCGUACUUGGAUCACGGGUCUCAAAUACCUGGUGGCUGGUAUCAGUGAUGAAGACAGCCUUGCCAAGAGGCAGCGAACCCGCGACCAGUGGCUCAAGCAGACGUUCUCGGAAGCGGACAAGAACGGCGACGGCAGCCUGAGUAUCAGCGAAGUCCUCCAGCUCCUCCACAAGCUGAAUGUGAACCUCCCCAGGCAAAAGGUCAAGCAGAUGUUCAAGGAAGCAGAUACGGACGAGAACCAGGGAACUCUGGGGUUUGAGGAGUUCUGCACUUUCUACAAGAUGAUGUCCACACGCCGGGAUCUUUACCUGCUCAUGCUCACCUACAGCAACCACAAAGACCACCUGGACACUGAUGACCUGGUCCGCUUCCUGGAGAUAGAGCAGAAGAUGACUUCUGUGUCGAAAGAACACUGCCUCGAGAUUGUGAACAAGUUUGAGCCAUGCCCUGAGAACCGGACCCAGGGGGUUCUGGGUAUUGACGGCUUCACCAACUACAUGCGCAGCCCCGCGGGAGAUAUCUUCAACCCGGAGCACUACGAGGUGAACCAGGACAUGAUGCAGCCCUUGUGCAACUACUUCAUCGCCUCCUCACACAACACCUAUCUGACGGGGGACCAGCUCAUGUCCCAGUCCCGGGUGGACAUGUACUCCUGGGUGCUGCAGUCAGGCUGCCGCUGCGUGGAAGUGGACUGCUGGGACGGCCAGGACGGCGAGCCCAUUGUCCAUCACGGCUACACCCUCACCUCUAAGAUCCUCUUCAAAGACGUGGUUGAGACGAUCAACAAAUACGCCUUCAUUAAAAAUCUAUACCCGGUGAUCCUGUCCAUCGAGAACCACUGCAGCGUCCCUCAGCAGAAGAAGAUGGCCCAGUACCUGGUGGAGAUUCUCGGAGACAAGCUGGACCUCUCGGACGUCCAAAUGGACGAGUCCGGCCGCUUGCCCUCCCCCGAAAGCCUGAAGGGGAAAAUUCUUGUCAAGGGGAAGAAGCUCCCAGCCAACAUCGAUGAGAACGCCGAGGAGGGAGACGUGUCCGACGAGGACAGCGCGGACGAGAUGGACGACGACUGCAAGCUGAUGAAUGGAGACACGUCUGUGAACAGGAAACAGGUGGAGAGUGUGGCUAAAAAGAAACUGGACACUCUGAUGAAGGAGUCCAAAAUCCGUGACCGGGAGGACCCCGACAACUUCACCGUCGCCGCGCUGCCACCAGAAAAGCUCAGCCAGGGAAAGGGUGAGGAUGGUGCGGACACCGCAGAUGAGGCAAACCCAAGCACCAACAAGCGUCUAGGCCGGUCCUUCAUGGGUAGCUUCUCCAAGCGCAAGAAAAAAACUGCCAAGCUGAAGAAGGCGUCAAGCUUCGAGGACACAGACACGGACCAGGAGAGCUCGGGGAGUACCUCCCGGGCCCCUCCUCACCACAGCAGGAAGAAGAAGACCAUGAAGCUCUCCCGCGCUCUCUCAGACCUAGUCAAGUACACCAAAUCGGUGGGCGUUCACGACAUCGAGACUCAAGCGGCCACAUGUAGCUGGCAGGUGUCAUCCCUCAGUGAGACCAAAGCCCACCAGCUCAUUCAGCAGAAACCUAGCCAGUUUGUGCACUUUAACCAGCGGCAGCUCUCACGCAUCUACCCGUCCUCGUACCGCGUGGACUCCAGCAACUACAACCCGCAGCCCUUCUGGAACACGGGGUGCCACCUGGUGGCAUUGAAUUACCAGACGGAAGGUCGUGUGCUCCAGCUGAAUCGCGCCAAGUUCUACAGCAACGGCAACUGUGGCUACAUCCUGAAGCCCAAGUGCAUGUGUGAAGGUGCCUUCAGUCCCAUGGUGGAAGACCCUUUGCCCACCAGGCUGAAGAAACAGCUGGUUCUGAAGAUCAUCAGCGGGCAGCAGCUCCCCAAACCCAAGGACUCGAUGCUGGGCGAUCGAGGAGAGAUCAUCGACCCCUUUGUGGAGGUGGAGAUCAUUGGCCUCCCGGUGGACUGCUGCAAGGAGCAGACCCGCGUGGUGGACGACAAUGGGUUCAACCCCAUGUGGGAGGAGACCCUGGUCUUCACCCUCCACAUGCCUGAGGUCGCGCUCGUGCGCUUCCUGGUGUGGGAUCACGACCCCAUCGGGCAGGACUUCAUCGGGCAGAGGACAAUUGCCUUCACCAGCAUGAUGCCAGGUUAUCGGCAUGUGUAUUUAGAGGGCAUGGAGGAAGCGUCCAUCUUUGUGCAUGUAGCGGUGAAUGACAUCACUGGUAAGGUCAGGCCGGCCAGCGGUAUAAAAGGGCUGUUUCACAGAAACCCAAAGCAAGCUUCCCUCGACAGCCAUGCUGCUGCGCAGCUCGGCCGUAAGUCCACGUUCGGCGCCCACCUCCUGCGGCGCACCGCCAGCGCGCCCACCAAGGGCCAGUCCAAGGCCAAGAAGGGCUUCCCAGAGAUCUCCAUCGACACCAAAGACUACAGCUCUGAGGGCACCAGCGAGGACCGGGACGCCGAGGAGGCCGCCCGUCCCCGGUGCGGCCGUGAGGGGGACUCGCCUGCAGCCGGCCCGCGGGACUGCACCAACGGGGACGUGCCCCCUGGGGGCAGCAAAGACGACCCCACACUGCAGACAUCUGUCACUUCGCUGCCACCCCUGGAAACCAUUGCUGAAGAAUCCGAGGAGAAGAUCCCCCAUCGUUCCAUAUCCACCUCUGGUCCAGCAAGCGCCUCACCGCGCCACUCUACACCUGGGUCCCCUCCUUCCUCAACUGCCACGUCUGCUUCACCUUCCCCGGCUCAGAAUACCGGGCGAGAAAGCGAGGAACCCAAGAGACGUCUUUUCAUGCUCAGAACUUUGUCCCUCCCCACCGAACCUGUCCUGUGCAACACAGUCGAAGCCUGUGGUAAGACCACUGCUGACUGCAACGGUGAAGUUGCAUCCACAUCCAUGGAUGAGUCAGUACUCUCGAACCAUGUGUGUUUGACCAAGGGAGUCCCUGUUGGACAUCCAGCCCAUGAUGAUAAUGUGUCCAAGACUGGUAAGAAGGUAGGGCAGACUCCUGACCUGAAGGCCGUGUUCAGCUGCAAGGGUGGCCGACACGUUCCUGUGAGGAGGACCAAGAGUGAGGGUUAUGCUAGGGCAGAGCGCCCAGUCCCUCAGGUAUGUAUUGAUGCCACCAUCAAUGACCGGCUUUGGAGUAAACUAGACCACGGCGAUCACAGAGACAGCGUGUCAUCCUCCUCCAGCAUCUCCUCCAGCGACACCGUCAUUGAUCUCUCACUGCCCAAUCUGGCCAGGAAGGGGCUGUCAGACCUGGACAUGCCCAAGGAGGUGUUCGCCGCAGGAAAGCCUGACAGACCACAGUCCGCUGCCGUCGCUAUCGAGUUCAGCACGCAGCUGGUGAGCAAGAGCAAGUCAAACCCCAACCUGAGGGCAGAUGGUGCAGGCGACAUGGAGGAUGAGCUGCAACCCAGACCACUGGGCAAAGAGCAGCCCAGUCCGGCCAGGAUCACGCAGAGAAGGCACACGUGGAGCCGGCUGUACAUGGAAGGCCUCAAGCAGUCGUCCACCCGGGUCAAGAAGACGCCGCUACCGGCACCUGCUGACAGCUCCAAGUCCAAGAGCCUGGGCGACCUGACAUCUGAUGACAUCACUUGCAACUUUGACAGCAAGUACCGCAGCAUCAGUCGUAGUUUUGUGAUGAGGCCCACUCGUGACAAGCGCGGGGCCCCCCGCGCGGGUCCGGAUGACCUGGCGGAACGGCUCCGCCAGCUCACGGACGUCGAGCCCCUGACUCCCAGCGACUUCUUGUCAACACCAGAUGCGGACGCGGAUGGGGACGUAGUCCAACUGCGGCGCUCCUCCUCGCGGAGCCAAAGCCGUGUGCGUUACAUCGCCAACCGGGCCAAGCAGGCGCAGGAGAGGCAGCGGUUGCAGGCCAUGGCGAGGCUCGGUGGCAGCCCCAUCGAGGAGCGCGGCAAUCCGGAGGGGGCCUGCACUGUGGCCAGGAGCCCUUGCGCCGGCCUGGACCUGCUGAGUCAGCUCCCAUCCACACCUCCUCAGCAGGCUUCUUCAGCCCUGGACACGGAGCUCCGCUUCACGCUCAAGCUAUGAGAAAUUAAACGAAAUGCGAACAACAACAAAAAGCAAACCUGCACUCGACCUCUAGUCCCAUCAUGUGUGAGAGACACUUUUACAUUUGCAUCAUGUCUGUAAGGCCACUCAGUUUUGUUUAAUCCUGGGUUCGUUUCAGCACUGAAAACAUCUAGCCCCUUAGUCUGUAGUUAAAGGAUCCAACUAACAAAAUUUUUAACCUUCCCGUAGAUUCUGGAAUGUAUUUUAAAGCCAAUAGGCAAAUUCCAGGCCCAAAUAGCUACACUUCAGCAUUUUUCAUUUUUACCAGUAUUUUUAAUAUAAAACAUUCGGACCUACUCACUGGCCAUGAAUUGUUGCAAAAAUCACGCAUAAUAUUAUUUGAAAAAGUAAAGUGAUCAUAUAGCCCAACAGUGAUAUAUGUACAUGAUGCCUAAAAUGUGUUUUUCUCAACUAGAUUUUUUAAGAGAGCAGCUAUUCACACUGUAAAAUAGAAUGUAAAUAAUCAGUUACAAUAUUUACACUGGAUUACAAAAAAAUUAACAUGCUGGUUAUUUAACAAUGGUUCAUCUCAUUAUCCGUUUCAAACCACAGUGACCUGAAUUAUUGUUAUUCUCACAAUGCAAAUGUAGCACAAGACUUGACAUCAAAUGUUGCACAACCAGUAAGUCUCCAUUGUUACUUUGUAUUUUGUAUUGUUUCAUUAAAAAAAAA